AUGGCUGGUGCUGACUCAAAAGAAUCUAUGGAAAAGGGUCUUGCUGAGAUGAAGUUAUUUUGGGGACAAAGUAGUCUCCAAGAAGUAUUAGCUAAUACUACUAAAGAGUUAGAAUUGCUAAAGAAUACCAGACUUGAUAUUGCUUUCACAGGAAUCUCAGGAGCUGGAAAAUCAUCCCUCAUGAAUGCCUUUCGGAAUGUCUCAGAUUCUGAAGAAGGUGCAGCUAAAACUGGGGUGAAACAGACAACUAUGGAGCCAAAGAGCUAUUCCCAUCCUAAAUUUCCAGAAAUAACAUUAUGGGAUCUACCCGGAAUUGGGACACGUGCAUUUAAACCGGAAGAAUACCUACAGAAAGUAAAUUUUAGCCGGUAUGACUUCUUUGUCAUCGUCAGCUCAGGGCGCUUCACUGAUGACGACGCCAGGCUGGCCUCCGAAAUUCGAAAGAUGCAUAAGCGGUUUUACUUUGUUCGCACCAAAGUAGAUCAGGAUAUAGAUAAUGAGAGAAGGAAGGGAAACUUUAGUGAGAAAGACACCUUGGGAGAGAUACGCGAAGACUGCCUUUGCAAUUUGAGAGAAGAAGGAGUGGUUAAGCCAAAGGUUUUUUUAACAUCCAGGUGGCAUUUGAAUAAAUACGAUUUCCCUCUCCUGCAGAAGACUCUAGCAGAUGACCUGAAUGAUCUCAAGAGGUGUCUUCUAGUUAUGGCGAUGCCAGCUUUCUCAAGAGAACUCCUGCAAGAGAAGAAGGCUGUUAUGGUGGCUCUCAUCCUGAAAAAGGCCAUUAUGUCUUGUGCCGUUGGGGCGAUUCCUAUCCCAGGUCUCUCCAUUAUUGUUGAUGUUGCCCUGUUGGUAGACACUAUGAAAAAUGUUGCAGAGGUCUUUGGCUUGGCUGAAGAUUCCCUCAAUAACCUCGCAAAAUGGGUUGGCAAACCUGUCGACAAGCUGAGAUGCCAUGCCAAUAAGAUUCCAUUGGUCCAAAACAUCACCAUCAAAUAUGUGUUAUCUCGAUUGGCUACAUCAGCACUGGUUUAUACUGCAAAGGAGCUGAAAGAUUUUUCAGCUUUCAUUCCAGCUUUAGGCUCUCUAAUUGGUGGCAUUACUUCCUUUGUCAUCACAUAUUACAUGCUGAACAGCUUCCUAGAAGAUGCCAUGGAAGAUGCUGAGCGUGUUCUGGCAAACAUUUUAGAAUAA